AUGGGAGAUAGUGAGACUGUAGUAACUGAACCGUCGACAGUUAUGGAUUAUACAGCGGCUGGCUAUGCUUCUAGUGGCUAUGCUGAUGCUGGUGCAAACGUUGUUUCUGGCCCUGGUGUUUUUACUGCAGAGGGUACUGGAAAUUUCACUGUUUCUACUGUUGCAGCACAGGCAGCUUAUACUGGGAAUGCAUAUGGUACUGAUUCUCGUUCGGUUGUACCAGAGGCUCAUGUUGAGGAAUCGUAUGGGAUGGAGGCAGUUGUUGGAAUGAAAAGUACUACUGACAAUGUAGCUGCAGCAGAAAAUGCUUCUAUUACACCAUCUCAAGCUGCUGGGUAUGAUUCAGCGGUAAAUGGAAAUAUUAAUACUGAAGCCGGAGUUGCCGUAUCGGUUGAGAAUGGAAAUGCUGGAGAGGUUGUGGGUGGAGCUGCUGCUGAGCAACAGUUCGUGGAUGGUUCUGUGCCAGAAAUGUCAGCUGAAGAAGACCGGCUGUGGAGCAUUGUGAAGGCUAAUUCUUUGGAUUUUGAUGCAUGGACUGCCUUGAUAGAUGAGACGGAGAAGGUGGCUGGGGACAAUAUAUUGAAAAUUCGAAAAGUGUAUGAUGCCUUUUUGGUUGAAUUUCCUUUGUGUUAUGGUUAUUGGAAGAAGUAUGCAGAUCAUGAAGCACGCCUUGGUUUUGUAGACAAAGUUGUGGAGGUAUACGAACGGGCUGUUCUGGGGGUGACGUAUUCGGUGGACAUUUGGUUGCAUUAUUGCAUAUUUGCCAUAUCCUCAUAUGGAGAUCCAGAGACCAUUAGAAGGCUUUUCGAGCGAGGAUUAGCAUAUGUUGGAACAGAUUAUCUGUCUUACCCCCUUUGGGAUAAGUACAUUGAAUAUGAAGAGGUGCAUGCAGAGUGGGGCCGUAUUGCCAUGAUUUAUACACGGAUAUUAGAGAUUCCCAACAGAAAGCUGGAUGAUUAUUUCAAUAGAUUUAAGGCUUUUGCUGCAAGUCGGCCUUUGUCAGAAUUAAGGACUGCUGAGGAGGCUGCUGCUGUUGUAGCACCUACACUUCUGGAGGAUGGUGGCCAAGCAAACGAGGGAGAGGUUCAUCCUGAUGCAGCCGAACAGCCUUCUAAACCUGUAAGUGCUGGCUUAACAGAAGCAGAGGAGUUGGAGAAGUAUAUCGUCAUUAGAGAAGAGAUAUAUAAGAAAGCUAAAGAGUUCGAGUCUAAGAUCUCUGACUUUGAAAAUGCUAUUAGGAGGCCCUACUUUCAUGUGCGGCCCCUUAAUGUUGCAGAGCUAGAAAAUUGGCAUAACUAUCUGGAUAUGAUAGAAAGAGAGGACGACUUCAAUAAGGUGGUCAAGCUAUAUGAAAGGUGCAUAAUAGCAUGUGCCAAUUAUACUGAGUAUUGGAUACGGUAUGUCUUGUGCAUGGAAGCAUCUGGGAAUAUGGAUCUUGCAAAUAAUGCUCUCGCUCGUGCAACUCAAGUAUUUGUCAAGAGACAACCAGAGAUUCACCUUUUUGCGGCUCGCUUCAAAGAGCAAAAUGGGGAUAUACCUGGUGCUCAAGCUGCAUACCAAGUUGUACAUUCUGAAAUUGCACCUGGUCUUCUUGAAGCAAUUACUAAGCAUGCAAACAUGGAGCAUCGGUUGGGGAACCAUGAAGAUGCCUUCUCUUUAUAUGAACAGGCCAUAGCCAUUGAAAAGGGAAAAGAGCAUUCACAAGUGUUGCCAGCAUUGUAUGCACAAUAUGCUCGGUUCAUAUAUUUGGCAUCAAAAAAUGUAGAGAAAGCCAGAGAGGUUCUAGUUCAAGCUCUUGAGAAUGCCCAAUUUUCAAAGCCACUUAUUGAGGCCCUGAUACACCUUGAGACAUUUCUGCCACUGCCGAAACGAAUCGAUUAUCUUGAUUCAUUGGUAGAGAAGUUCAUUGUGCCCAGCUCAGACAGCGUCAAUUCUGCUAGUCCUUCUGAGAGGGAAGAACUAUCUUGCAUUUUCUUGGAGGUUAUGUUGAUAUCAAUUUUGGACAUGUUGCGGGCAAUGGCUAUCCUUGUGACUUAUGAAGUGUCAAGGCUGAGAUUUCUGGUGUUGGAAUGGACUGAGCCUAGUAUCUUUGGAGAUGCUCAAUCUAUAAAGAAGGCUGCUGAUCGGCAUGCCAAGUUCUUUUUACCCCACGGGAGUAAGUCAGAGUUGAAAAAGCGCCAUGCAGAGGAUUACCUAGCUUCGGAUAAGGCAAAAAUAGCCAAACCUUACUCUGAUGCAACUUCACCUGCACAGUCUCUGAUGGGGGCAUAUGCAAGUGCACAAAAUCAGUGGACUGCUGGUUAUAGUGUACAGCCUCAAGCUUGGCCACCAGCCACACAAGUACAGACGCAACAGUGGACUCCAGGCUAUAACCAACAAGUAGGUUGCCUUUCCUCAAUGGCUGCAUAUGGUGCAUAUGGUAGUUAUGGAGGCAGCUAUACUAGUCCUCAAGUUCCUACAUCAGUUGCACAAGGUGCUUCUUAUGGUGCUUAUCCUCCUACUUAUCCUGCCCAGCAGGCCUUCCCGCAACAAAGCUAUGCACAACCCCCUGCUGCAGGAGCAGCAGCAUUGACUCCAGCUCAGCAGCCAGCUUCCGUUCCACAACCCUACUAUGGGAGUUACUACUGA